GUUGUUGUUGUUGUUGUUGUUGUUGUUGGUGUGUGAGCGUCUCUGUGAUACUGUCAUGUAUAGGCAUUUGUUGUGUAUGUAUGCUCUCUGUAUGUAUAUAUCUGAUGUGUGCACUAUGAGCAAUUGAAUAACUUGUUUGCUCCUUUAGACAGCUUGGUCAACGGCUCUCUUUCUUCGUGUUUCAUGUUUUAUAGUACGUUCAUUCGUUCGUUUGUCUUCUAUAUUAUAAUUCUGUGUGUUGUGUGUGUUUUUUUCUGCUCUGCUCUCGCUUCUUCAUCGUUUCAAUCUAGUUGAAAUUGUGUUUUCAUUUUGAGGAGUUGUUGAGCUGUUUGCCCCCUCCUUAAUUUUGUUUAUUUCAAUAAUAUUUGAAUCGUUUGCAUUUUCCAACUACAAAUUUGUUUGUUUUUUUGUUUUCCUGUGUAUUGUGUCUGUUGUCGAAACGAUUUUGCAUGGAUUUGAUCAAAUUUGGGUGAUCAUUAUUACAACGAAACCAAUAAAAACAACAACAAAACUAAGAAGAAGUGACAAACAACAUAGUGUUCGUGAAAGAAAGUGUAUAAAUCGUGACUGAAAUACCAGAAACAUUCUGUUUGGUUGUGUGUUUUAAGUAGAAAAAAAAAGAACUAACAACCAAAGAUUUCAAGAGAGUGAGAAGCAGAGAAACAAACAACAACAAGGAGAAAACAUUUAAAUUUUCUACAUUCAAUUGAUUCGACAACAUCGAUCACAAAUUGACGUGCAUCAACAAGAUUUUGAGAUCGGGGGAAUUUAAAACAUACACACGAUCCAAACAGAACAGCGAAAAAAAAAUAAACAAAGGGAGAAAUCCCAGCAGUGUCUCUGACAAAAUAAUAACAAACCAGUAAAUGACAAAAGAAAUUUAUCACGAAGGAUGGCUGAUAAAGUCUCCACCAACAAAGCGCAUAUGGCGAGCUCGUUGGCGAAGACGAUGGUUUACAUUGAAACAAGGCGAAAUACCGGAACAAUUCUGUCUGGAAUACUACAAAGAUCGUAGCUGUCGCAAAUUGAAGGGUGUCAUCGAUUUGGAUCAAUGUGAACAGGUGGAUUCGGGGCUACAGCUUGAGCAUCGCAAGCAAAAGUUUCAGUAUAUGUUUGAUGUGAAAACACCGUUACGUACAUACUAUUUGGCCGCAAAUUCGGAGGAAGAUAUGAAUGCCUGGGUCAAUUGCAUUUGUGAAGUGUGCAACUUACAAGAUUUAUCAAAACCACAACAACAAAAUAGCACCGAUAGUCGACAAUAUUACAAUGUGACGUCGGAAAUGAGCGAAAAUCAAAGCGGAGGCGGUGGUGGUGGUGGUGGUAGUGCUACCAAUCAAUCAUUAGUGGUCAAUUUAAAAUCAACGAAUUUAUCACCGGUCAAAUCAUCGAAUGCAUCCGAUCAAAUUGCAUUGUUGCCCACAGCCGAACCUAUCGACAACAAUAAUUCCGUUUAUCAAAAUUACGAUGCAAUGUGCCGCAAUUCUACGUACAACAAUCGCGAAACACUCAUUUGUGACGUGCCACUCAAUAAAAAUGGUGGAGAAACGAAAGAGGAUUAUUAUAAUUUUGUGGCGAUCGCGAAUACAGCAAGCCGUUCGCAAAAGUCAGCCAAUAAUGGUAGCACGGAUGUGUCUUCACUGGGCGAACGUCGAGUAGUUGUAAAUCAAUCGGCCCACCGUAAAAUACCAGAGAAUUUAAAAUUGAAUAGCGUUCCAGAUUUGCCCCCAGCCAAAUCCGACACCAGAACCAUUUCAACGGGGCCAUACAUUGCAAUCGCCGAUUGUAUCUCGGGCAAUCCACUGAUCGAUCGUGAUAAUCCAACAACACCACUCAAUUCGCUCGAUCCAAAAUUCUAUGAUACACCCAGAAGUCAUUUUAAUAUCGGUUUGAAUGUGGCCAACGAACAACCAUAUUCACCAAAACGGAACAAUAUUCAAACGAUACCACAAACACCACAAAGCGGUAAAUCCAGCCCAACCGAUUCGGAAGGUGUUUUCACAGAUGAUGAAGAUUGUGGCUGGCCAAACGAUUCAACCAAUUCAGAACGUUGCAUGAGACCGUCGGAAAGUUCUGUGGAGAAUGAUUCCAUUGUAUUUACGUAUGCGCAACGAUUUUCAAAGAUGCCCGACGAUGAGAGCGUGACGGCGAAGAGAGUUCUUCCAAAGCGACCGUUGCCAGUUGCUGGCCUUUCGCUUGAGAAAACAGAUUCGGAGGAGCAGAACAAAGAUGUGAAUUCGUCGGAUACGGAAAAUGCAUCACCAGCCAUUGCCUACGGACCGAAAGAUAUUAAUUCCUAUGUUGAUGAAAGCUAUGAUAUUCCGCGUUCGCAUCAAUUGCCAUAUACGAAGCACAAAGAACCGAAUAAUUAUGAAAAUUUCAUGGAUUUAGGCGCAAGUGGAACAAGUGCAUCGAUGCUCGAAUUGGAUGAAGGUCGUUCGAGCAAAAAAAUUGGCGAAAAAGUCGAAUUUACGACGUCGACAAUGCCGAAGAAGCGACACUUUUACACAAAUGCCGCUCCGGCCAAAUUCGAUGGGAAUGUCUUUCGUUAUGAUUUCGAUGAUAAACAAACGGACGCUCCAGUGGUUGAUCGAAAGCUAAAGCCGAAGGUGCAUCACGAUGACAACGAUAUUAAAGUGGCCACACCGACCCGUGUAAAAAGUGUGCCAUCGGUGAAAUCAUCACCGAAUCAAUCCGAUUUAAAGCCACCAUGUCCCGACCGUAAACUCAAACCAACCACUCCGAUCAAGUUCGAAACGAGCACGUUGCAACGAAGAGGUGUAUUAACAGCAGCAGCAACCGAUGCAGAAUUCCAGGGUGGAUACAACAAUGAACAAGUGUCUAAGACGCUGCCUCGCAAUUACAAUAAUUCCACAUCGACACUAACCAGCCCAGUAGUGGCGCCGGUAGCAGUGGCACCACCACCAACACCAUCGCAGGGUGCAACCGGUGGCCGUCAGGCAGGCGUUCUCGAGUAUUUCGAUUUGGAUCAUUCGAAUCCACCACCAAUUUGCAAUAAUUCCAACACAUCGGUAAGCACAUCGAAUCUGAAUGCACCGCCAAGCGGACCGGUAUGGUCAAACAAUUUAUCGCAUCGAUUAAGUGCCGUUAGUAUUUCGUCUUCAUCAGUAUUUGGGUAUCAGAAUGCCGCAAACGAUGCAAAUAUCGGAGCUGGAGCGAAUCCACCGAGCAUCACAUCGCCCGUUGGCAGUGUUAGCAAUCCACCGACGGCAAGUGGCAUUGUUUAUAAAUCCGUUGAUUUUAUUAAAACGGAAGCAUUUAUGCGAACGAGGCAAGACGCUGAAAUGGCUCGCGCAAAAAAUCGAUCGAAAGAAUAAAAUCAAAUUGACGUUGUUUUCAUUUUAACUGAAAAGAUCUGCCUUUUUAAGAAAGAAGGAUAAAGAGAGAAAGAGAGAGAGAGAGAGAGAAAUCUUCCAUUACAAGUGUUAGUGCAUUUAAAUUUGAAUAUAGUGAUGAUUGUAGGUGCCUUUGCAAAGUCUUUUUAUUGGUAGAACGAAUUUUAUUCUAAAUGAAAUUUACUUUUUAUUCUUCUUGAGGAGAACAAUUGAUUCAUAAAUCUUUUUUUUACUAUUUACAAAACUGUUUCUUUUUUUCGCCAUUGUCGUCUGUAUAAUUGAAAUAUUGAUAAAUUGAAUUGGAUUUGUCCGAAAAAAAAAAUAUUAACGAAAUUUAUUUCUUCUUUCAUUUUUAUUGAACAUAUUUUAUGUCUAAAGAACUUAUAUGGUCGGUCAAUGAAUGAUUGGGCGGUUAUCAGAAUAAAUUUUCAAUUUUUAAAUUGUAAA